UUUGUUAAGCUUCCGCAAUAUUGAAAACUCUGUACUGUUUAUGAUAUGAAAAAUAUUAUUGUGAUAAAUAAAAGUGUUCGAAAUGUUUUAAAUUUUACGAUUACCAAGUUAAUACUUUAGUCCGAAAGGGGCUGCAGACCUGGACGGAUUAGGGUGUUACAGUAUCAAAUCUGAUUCCAGUUUGAUCGUUGGACAAGUGACCGGUAACAUGGAAGCCAGAGAAGGGCGAAUGGCGCAAUACAAGGACCUGGUGCUUGCCUUGUUGAAAGGCUUUGAGGAAUUCAAGAUCGCCCAAAUCCCCCGGGCGGAAAAUGCAGAUGCGGACCUUCUCUCCAAAUUGACGCAAUAUGCUCCCGAGCAUGUUUCAAAACUUGCCCGGGUAGAAAUUCUUGAUCAUGCCAGCAUCGAGAAACUGGAAGUAGCUGCCAUAACAGGGGAAGCCCAAUCUGACCGGUCAAACUUGGUCGGGGCGGAUGACCACUGGAUGUAUGAUCUGAUGGAAUAUCUGAUGGACGGGACCUUGCCGGAACAAGAUGACCGGGCAAGAAAAGUGAAGCUCAGGGCGCCCCGGUUCCAAGUCCUUGACGGAAAGCUGUACAAGAGGGCGUUCGGGGGACCCCUCCUGAGGUGCCUAACCAACCGGGAGGCUGAACGGGUCAUAGCAGAAGUCCAUGAAAGUGUAUGCGCGGCAUAUCAAAUGUCUCGCACUCUUUCCCAGCGCAUCAUCUUGUUGGGGUAUUACUGGCCAACAAUUGUCCAGGAUUGCGAGAGGUACGUCCAGAAGUGCAGAAUGUGCCAAGUGUUCUACAAGUACCCCAGUAGGCCGGCAACCUACUAUCACCCCGUAUCAAAUGUCAUCCCUUUCGCUAGAUUCGGGUUGGAUAUCAUUGGAGCGUUCCCAAUCGCCCAAGGAAGGAAGAAGUUUGUAAUCGUAGCCAUCGAUUACUUCACCAAGUGGAUUGAAGCUGAAGCGCUAGCCAAUAUCACCACGCAACAAUGCAGGAAAUUCAUUUGGAAGAACAUCAUCACAAGGUUUGGGGCUCCCAUGAACCUAAUCACCGACAACGGCCCACAAUUCCGAAAUCCAAGAUUCACCGAAUACUUGGAGGGCUUUGGAAUUAAGCACAACCGUUCUUCGGUGGCCUACCCCCAAGGAAAUGGCCAGGUGGAGAAUGCCAACCGAACAAUUGUGGAUGGUCUAAAGAAGCGGCUGGGAGAAGCGGGAAACAAGUGGCUGGAAGAGCUCCCCCACAUCAUAUGGGCGUUCCGAGUAACACCCAGGAGGGCUCAUGGGGAAACUCCAUUCUCCCUAACCUAUGGGUGUGAGGCAAGGCUACCCAUCGAAGCUGAAUUCCCAACGUUCCGGGAAUCAAAUUAUCAGCCCCAGCAAAACGAAGAAGACCAUUUGGCCGAGCUCAACUUGGUCGAAGAACGAAGAAUGGCCGCGGAGGUUAAGAUGAGCGCAUACCAACAAGUUGUGAAAAAGUACCACGACAACAAGGUUGGGCCGCGAUACUUCCAAGUUGGAGAUGAAGUCCUACGAAGAAGAGAAGCAAGUAGACCAGGCGAUGGGGGAAAGCUGGCCAAAAACUGGGAAGGCCCAUACCGGGUGAGAGCCAUCGUUCGCCCGGGAACCUACUGGUUGGAAACUCUAGAUGGUGUACCGGUAGAAAGAACUUGGAAUUCCCACCAUCUUCGCAAGUUCUACAAAUGAUUGUAAUACUAGGCGAGGCCUAACUACAUUAUCAAUCAAAACGAUGUUCGAUA